CCAAGGCCGCGGCUUCAGUCCCGGUGCACCCGAGCUCGGGCCGGGCGUGCUCCGAGGCUCUGCAGCCGGCUCGGUCCCCCUGCGGGGAAGAGGCCCCGGGCCGGGUCCGAGGGACAAUCGGGGGCGCAAGGGCGCGGCUAGUCGGGUGCAUGGCCCAGGCGGGCGUGCGAGGGCUCCGGGCCGGGACCCGCACCGCGACCCAGCGCUGCCGCGACCUCCAGCUGGGCUCGAACUCGCGGACAGCUCCGCCCCCGGGCACGGCGCGACCAAUGAGGUCCCUAACCUGCAGCACCUUCUUGCCUGAGACUGCCUGGGUCUUGGCGGCUAAGGCUUUCUCUCCGUCCAGGCGUUCCUUUAUGGGCUUUGCUGCGCCCUUCACCAAUAAGAGAAAGGCUUACUCUGAGCGCAGGAUCAUGGGGUACUCAAUGCAGGAGAUGUUCGAGGUGGUGUCUAAUGUCCAGGAGUAUCGAGAGUUUGUGCCUUGGUGUAAGAAGUCUACUGUGGUAUCCAGUCGCAAAGGUCACCUCAAGGCCCAGUUGGAGGUUGGCUUUCCACCUGUCUUGGAACGUUAUACCUCUGCUGUUUCCAUGGUCAAACCUCACAUGGUCAAGGCUGUUUGCACUGAUGGUAAGCUCUUCAACCACUUAGAGACCAUUUGGCGAUUCAGCCCCGGAAUACCUGCCUAUCCCCGAACUUGUACUGUGGAUUUUUCGAUUUCCUUUGAAUUCCGUUCUCUACUGCACUCCCAGCUGGCCACUAUGUUUUUUGAUGAGGUUGUUAAAAAGAAUGUUGCCGCCUUUGAGCGCCGAGCAGCCACCAAAUUUGGUCCAGAAACAGCCAUCCCCCGUGAACUGAUGCUCCACGAAGUGCACCAGACUUGAGGCAAAGUAUUAUUAAGCUCUUCCUCUCCUCUGCUUCCACACCAAUUCUUUUAUUUAUUUCAAUUUGCUCAUUUGAAAGAAGAAUCGGUGUUCAGAAUCUGGAACUCAUGCACUAACCUGGUUGGUUGAACAAAGUAGGGCAAAGGCCGAGGUAGGGGAAAGGAGGCUUGGAAAGGCUUCCCAAAGCCCUACGUGGCCGACAACCUGUAACCUUCUCACGGAGUUAUUUAUGGUAAGGACUGAGUAAAUGUCCCUGGGUCCUUCUGAGAUGACUGUAUCUGAUCAGGGAGACUGCAACUUUCAUAAGGACUAAAUAACUGAGCCCUUCCCUAUCAAAGGUACUAGGCAGUUGAUGUAACUUGGACCUGCCUGAGAUUUGCCACUAGCUUAAAAGCUGUAUGACCCAACUUAAAAAAAUAUUUCUAUGUUGCUUGCCUAGUGGAAAGCAAGGGGGCACUUUCAAAACCAUCAGUGCCAAAGGAGUGACAAAGCACUGACCAGAGUUGUACCCUUGGAUUUUACCUUAUUCUUCCACUUGGCUUGAAUUUUUGUAAAAUUUCAAUAAAUUGUGUCGGUGUCAA